CUCCCGUAGGCCCAUGCGGCCCCCUCAGAGACCAUGGGAUCCCGCAUCAAGCAAAACCCGGAAACGACAUUUGAAGUAUAUGCUGAAGUGACAUACCCGGUGGCAGCUGGUGCAGAUCCUGAGGUGCGGAGGCAAUUCCCCGAAGACUACAGUGACCAGGAUAUUCUACAGACUCUGACCAAGUUCUGCUUCCCCUUCUAUGUGGACAGCCUCACAGUUAGCCAAGUUGGCCAGAACUUCACUUUUGUGCUCACAGACAUUGACAGCAAGCAGAGGUUUGGGUUCUGCCGAUUAUCUUCAGGGGCCAAGACCUGCUUCUGUAUCUUAAGUUAUCUCCCAUGGUUUGAAGUCUUUUAUAAACUGCUCAACAUCUUGGCAGACUAUACAGCAAAGGGCCAGGAUAGCCAAUGGUAUGAACUCCUGGAAACACUUUAUAAACUGCCCAUCCCUGAGCCUGGCACAUCUGUGCAUCUCAGCGUGCACUCUUAUUUUACUGUGCCUGACACCAGAGAACUUCCCAGCAUACCUGAAAAUAGAAAUCUGACUGAGUAUUUUGUAGCUGUGGAUGUGAACAAUAUGCUGCACCUCUACGCCAGUAUGCUGUACGAACGACGUAUCCUCAUUUGCUGUAGUAAGCUAAGCACUUUAACUGCCUGCAUCCAUGGGUCUGCAGCUAUGCUUUACCCAAUGUUCUGGCAACAUGUUUACAUCCCUGUUCUGCCUCCGCACCUCUUGGACUACUGCUGUGCUCCAAUGCCCUACCUCAUAGGAAUACAUCUAAGCCUGAUGGAGAAAGUUAGAAACAUGGCUGUAGAAGAUGUCGUCAUCCUUAAUGUUGACACCAACACACUGGAAACCCCUUUUGAUGAUCUUCAAAGCCUUCCAAAUGAUGUGGUCUCUGCUCUGAAGAGCAGGUUGAAGAAAGUCUCAAUGACCACAGGUGACGGUGUGGCAAGAGCAUUCCUGAAGGCUCAAGCGUCUUUCUUUGGAAGCUACAGAAGUGCACUGAAGAUUGUACCUGAGGUGCCCAUAACGUUCUGUGAAGAAACGUUCGUCUCCCAUCGGUCAGCCGCCAUGCGACAAUUCCUGCAGAACGCCAUCCAGCUGCAGCUCUUCAAGCAGUUUAUUGAUGGCCGUCUUGAUCUCCUCAACUCUGGAGAAGGUUUCAGCGACGUCUUUGAGGAAGAGAUAAACAUGAGUGAAUAUGCUGGUAGCGACAACCUGUACCAUCAGUGGCUGUCAACAGUCCGGAAAGGAAGUGGUGCCAUUCUGAAUACAGUGAAGACCAAGGCAAACCCUGCCAUGAAGACAGUCUACAAGUUUGCAAAAGAUCAUGCAAAAAUGGGAAUAAAAGAAGUGAAAAACCGCUUGAAGCAAAAGGACAUUGCUGAGAACGGCUGCUCCACGGUGCCAGAAGACUCGCUUCCACGAACAACUCCUUCUCCACUGGCCGAAAAGAGGGACCCUAAACUACGAGAGGACAGGCGACCAAUCACGGUACACUUUGGGCAGCCAAGCAUUCGUCCUGCAAGACCGCCUCCUCCCAAGAUCCACCGGUCAUCCAGGCCCGUUCGGCCACCCAGACCCCACGUUGCCAGGAGGCCAAAGAGCAACAUCGCCGUGGACAGCCAAAGGACCUCUGUGUCAAGCCCAGAGCACCUGGUAAAGCCCACGCGCCACUAUACAGUCUUUCUCUCUGAGGACUCUUCUGGUGAUGAGUUUCCGCAGGAAGAUGACCCAGUCUCUGCCUUCUCUGACAGCUUUCUCUUCUCUGCUCCCUUUGAAUGGCCUCAGCCUUACCGUGCCCUGAAGGAGUCUGGCAGCACAGAUGGAGAUGAAAAUGCCGGCCCCAAGAAACCCCAAGGCCCUGGCCACGCUGACCCUCCUACCCCAGACAGCCCUACAGAAAUCAGUCUGCUGGAAGGCAUUUUCAUUGGCCUUGAGGUAGAGCCCCAGCCCCAGCUCCUCACCCAAGCCAAGAGCUUAGAAGACUUAAGAAUUACCAAGGAAGACGAGAACCAGCAGGGCACCUUUGACUACCAGCAGAGGAUGGACCUGGGCUUUUCUGAGAAGAGCUGGGCUGCACCAGGAAUGAAGCUAUCCCAUCCCUACAAACAGUUUUGGGGCCUGGGCCACGAUGACAUGGCAAUUCCCACCAAGUACUCCCAAAGCUCUCCCGAGAGGCCAUUAGCUCCUCUUGGAAAAGCGCCCCCAAUCCCAAGGAGGCCCCAGAGCAGAGACAGCAUUCUGGAUCCCACCGAGAAGGAGGUCGGAAGCUCACCCAUUGCUCAAGGAGGGAACAUUACUAUCCCACGGCCUCAGGGGAGGAAGACACCAGAGCUGGGCAUAGUCCCACCACCGCCUGCUCCUAGACCUGCCAAACAGCAGGUGCUGUCUGAAACCACCACCACCCCCGGCUUUGCAGGACACAGCAGUCUGUCAUCUGAAUUCCUGCAGGAGACGUUUGCAGCCAGAAAUCUCUCUCUGGAGCCUGAAUUCAAGCAGCAGGCUGGUUUUGCCGCUCACCAACUCCAGCUUUUGUCCAGUACCAGCAGUGCAGCGGAUGUGCUGCAGCCAGUGAAAGUCAGUGCAGAGGGUGCAAACAAUGACAGUGACUUCCUGCUUGCCUUUCUAGACCCAUUGAAAGCAGGGGACUGCCAGGACUUGAGCUUGCAGCCGUGCACCAGCAGCCUGCUGGGAUCAGCAUCCCCAAGCCCAGCGACCGGCUUCCCUUCAAUGGCAGGGGACCUUGCCCCACCCACAUCAGCACCGUUCGGCCAGCCUCUGGCGUACCCUCCCUCCGUAAUGCCAUUUGGUCAGGCAUCUCUCAAUCCAUUUGUACAGACCAUGCCAGUGCCUCUGUCAUUGUCUCUGGUCAGACCCCCCGGUAGCCCUCUUCCUCCCUCUCUGGGCCACGCUUACAGCUCCAGCAUCAUCACAUCAAAUUCCAACUUUUACCAGCCCCAGAGGCCUCCCCCCAACCCUCUGACACUCUCCAUGCCCAACCUCUUUGCUCAGUCUCCAGCAACAGCAACAACCCCAGGUCAACCUUCUUCCCAGAGUAACUCUUCACAGCCUUGUGGCCCUUCUAAAAUCCGGACCUUGCCCUUGGCUCAUUCUUCUUCCAGAAGACAGGCCAGGGUGAGGCUUGCUGCGAGGCCCAGUGAUCUCCCACUGGUUCCCCCCAAGGCCAAAGUUGUAGAAUCAGUGUUACGCCCUUCCAAGCCUCAGGAGACGAAAGACCCCUUUGAAGACUUGUUAAAUAAGACAAAGCAGGAGGUUUCGGUCACGCCAGGUAAAGUAGAACAGCUGAGAAAGCAGUGGGAGACAUUUGAGUGACUCCCCUGACAGUGGUCAGUUCCUUUCUCUGGUGUGUUUUGAGCCAGUGAAACAACGCUAUUCCUUUGGAACUAAAGGAUUGGCCGAACAUAAGCUGCUACCCUGUUGCCAGCUCCUGUGCCGCUGGCAAGAUACUGGGCAAAAUACUGUUACGCGGGGCAGCAGGGUCCCAGCUGGAAUCUCUUCUGGCCCCCUGCCUUUGGUCACCCAUCAUUUUUUGGCCUUUGCUGAAAAACUGAUGGGAUAGUCAUUUUCCUGCCCUUCUAAAAGUUAUGAAGAUAACUACUGAAUUGGAGAAUUUUCAGUUGCCUAUCAAGUCUUCCCUUCCCCUUGAUUUUCCAUUUGGUGAUUUGUUUUUUCUCCAAGUGAUGAUUUACUUCCUCUCCAGUGUGAUCAGUACUGAGUUUAGAUUCUGUGUUUUCCCAAGCCACAAAUCAUGUUUUGCUUUCACGCGUAUAUGGAGCACACUAGUCCCACACUUGGACUGAGUUAAU